AUGGGCACGGCAAACGACGCCAACUCCCGCCGAUCGGAUGAGCAGCAGCAUCGGCACCAUCACCAUCACCACAGGCGUUCGCAACAUCAGCCACAGCAGCAGCAACAGCCGCCACGGAAUGGGCCGCCGGAACCGGCGAAAGCAGCGGCCGGGGCUGGCAAACGGGGCCCACCGAAGCCACCGAAACCCGACGCCCAACAGCAGAAGGUUGCGAGCGACGACGACUGGCAGUAUCCGUACGAAAAUCAGCACUCGAAGCAACAUCACGUGCAGCAGGUGCCGAUGUGGGGCGCCAAAGAGCGCGACUGGGUGGACGUGAAGAAACCCAGCACAAAGUACCUGGAGUCGGACGACUGCGAUUCGCUGCCUCCACCGCCGCCACCGGACGACGAUCCGUACUUCGAUGACGACGAUCGGCUGGCGCAUCAGCUUCAUAACCACCACCACCAACAUCACAACCAGCUUCACCCACAGCUUCACCAUCAGGUCCAACAGCAACAGCAGCAGCAACAACAACAGCAGCAGCAACAGCAGAAUCACCUCGCGCACCUGAACGGGAUGCACCAUCUGGGCAUGGGGCAGCAUCAGCACCAGCACCUGGCCACCAUGACGCCCCCGCCCGCCCUCGACUCCGACCUCGACUCGAGCCCCAAGAAGGACCGCAUGCUGCGCUCCAACUCGGACAGCUCGCACGGCACCAACGGCAGCGCCGGCGGCAAGCAGAAGAACGGGGGCGCGAGGGAGAAGGGCGGCGCGGCGGGCGGCGGCGGAGGGGGGCACGGGCACCAUCAUCACCAUCACCACCAUCACCAUCACAAUGGCGGCCGGGUGCCGGUGCACGCCAAGAGCAGCCGGGCCGAGUCGGUCCUGUCCAGCGACUCGGACAUCCGCUUCACGCGCCGCAAGCUCGGCGACAACCAGAAGUGCGGCUGCGCGCUCAUCGCCGGCUUCCUGCUCAUCCUGCUCUGCGCCGGAGCGAUCGUCUACGUCGGAUACACCUAUCUGCGGCCGGAGCCAUUGCCGGAUCGAAUAUUUCGUGCCCGGCUGCGCGUCAUCGAGGGUGACCGGUGGACGCCGGAGCUGGCGGACCAGAACACGAUGCGGUUCCAGCACCGGGCGCGGGACUACCGGGAGCGCAUCAACCUGAUCAUGCGCCGCUCGGAUCUCCGCGAGCCGUUCGAGGGAAGCGAAAUCUUGGCGCUAGAUGGCAACGAGGACCCGGGUGACCUGACGCUGCACUUUGCGCUCUACUUCGAUCCGUACGCCGAGCUGGUGUCGGCAGCGGAUUUGCGUGCGAUUCUACUGGAGGAGAUCACGGGCCAGGAGCGGAAGUACUUCCGUAAUCUGACCAUCGACCCGAACAGUCUGGUGAUCAAGGAGGUGUCGGGCACGGGCGAUGACGUGAUCGGUACGUCUUCGUCGCCGCUCGGAGGUAAGGACGAGGUGACGGUGGAGAUCGUGACGACGGUCCGGCCCCCGCGUAAGUGUGAACCGCUCCGGCUUGGCUACUGCCGCUCGGUGGGCUACAACGUCACUACGUACCCGAACUUCUUCGGCCACAACUCGCUGGAGGACGUCGAGGCGGACCUGAUCUCGUUCCGGGAGCUGGUAGACGCUGAGUGCUUCCGGCAGGCGUUCGACUUCAUCUGCCGCCUGUUGCAGCCGCCGUGUGAGUACCGCAGUGUCGAGGAACCGUCACCCGGCACCGUCUGCCGUCAGUACUGCCAGGCGUUCUGGGCCGGCUGCGGUGAGCGAUUGCCGGAGCGACUCCGGCGGUUUCUCGACUGCGAACGCUUCCCGGAGUCGACGGGCGUGCAGUCGUGUCACAGCAAGCCGGGAUGCACUGGUGAGCUGCAGGCGAACGCACUCUCCUCCCGUCUGUGCGAUGGCGUCGCGGACUGUGCCGAUCUGUCGGACGAGAACACCUGCACGUUCUGCGCGUAUGGUGCCAUCUCCUGUGGCCGUAGCCGUGCCUGUUAUGCCAAGAACGCUCGCUGCGAUGGAAAGCUGGACUGUCCUGAUGGGAGCGACGAGAAGGAUUGCCUAUCGAUUUCACCGCAGGUGAACUUCCUCACCUUCCCACCACCGAUCGUCCCAUUCCGGCCGCGGUUCUACUCGGAGGGCUAUGCUGUGUUCUCGGAGAAGGGCACCACGGGCAAGUUGUGCUCGGUCGGCAUGGAGUCGAACGAGUACGUGCGCAACACGGUCGCGGAGUCGCUGUGCAAGGCCCUCGGCUACGAGCGGGUCGACUACUCGGAGAUACGCAACGACACCGAGCCGAACACGAGCUACGUGCGUGUGCUGGACCCGCGCGCCUCCGAGAUCUCGUUCGUACGCACGCAGUGCCAGAGCAAGCAAUCGCUGUACGUCGCUUGCAGCCAUCUGGAGUGCGGCGUUCAGUCCGCCCAUUCUCCCACGCAGACAGUCGGCCUAUCCAAGAUGGCGACCCCGGGCGACUGGCCUUGGUUGGUGGCACUUUUGCGCGCUGACACGCACGUUUGCGAUGGUACACUGGUAUCGAAAGAUUGGGUGCUGACGACGGAGUCCUGCUUCCAGGGGCAGGCCAAGGCAACCUGGAUGGCCGUAUUUGGCGCCGUGCGGCUCUCCUCCAACGCCCCAUGGACUCAACGGCGACGCAUCAUUGGCAUGGUAAAGUCCCCGGUGGAGGGCAGCACGGCAGCGAUGGUACGCCUGGAGACGCCCGUCGUGUACUCGGACUUUGUGCGCCCUAUCUGCCUGCCCGACAUUCCGCUGAAGGAAACGAUCGACCGCAGCGAUAACAACGUCACGCCGACGCCGCACGCGGAAAAGUACUCGACAAAGACGCAGGCGGGCAAGCCGGCGGCGGGCUCGCAGACGGUCGGGGGCAGCCGGAAGCUGAAGGAGUACCGGCAGUACUUCGAGAUGCCCGGUGAGGAUGAGCUGGCCGGGGACGAGUACGGCGAUCUGAACGAGGCGGCAAAGUACGUCAAUCAGUACAGUGCGGACUUUACGGAUGAGCAGUAUCGCAUUCCGAAGGCGGAGGCAGCGUCGGCCGGUGCCAUCGGAGCUCCCGGCGGUGGAGGCGGUCCCGCCGCAUACCCGCUGCCCGCGAACUCCCCGCAGACGAACAACUACAUCUCGGCGCUGAACUACAUCGGACCGGGCGGACCGGCCAGCGUCGGCGCGGGCGGUAUUGGUUUCCAGCAGCCGACCAAGCUCGGCAAGCAGAGCCAGUGGACGAACUGCAACACGCUCGGGUGGUCGCGGCAGCGGGAUCACCUGCAGCGGGUGCAGCUCAAGCUGAUCGACAUGUCGCCGUGCGAGAACAUCUCGAUCGCCACGGUGAACAGCCUGUGCGCGGAGUCCGCCUACCACAAGCAGGACUGCAGCGAGGAGGAGUUCGCCGGCAGCCCCGUCGUCUGCCUGCUCUCCAGCGAUCGUCGCUGGGCCCUGGUCGGCAUCAGCUCGUGGCGUAUCGCGUGCGCCCCGAACGGGGUCGAGCGACCCCGGAUGUACGACAAGAUUACGCCCAACACGCCGUGGAUCCGUGACACGAUCGCGGCGACGGUCACGUGAGCCGAAUUUCCGUCACUCGAGCAAGCGAGCGACAGCUGAACCUUUACCAAAUAAACGAUAGCCUUACAGCACACCAAGCGUUGGCGCUAGCAGCAACUGUCAGCGUCUGCAAUCUGACAGCUUGCCGGAGAUUCUCAUCAAAUGGCGCCUUCCGGGAGGGGAAGACCCAAUGCACGCUCGCUCCCCUCCCCUCCCAGGACGGUUCUUCUUUGAUUUGUGAUAGUAUAUUGCCAACUAAGUCAGCUUGCUUGCUGCGCAAAGCGAACACAGGACGAGCCUGUCUGUGCUGGUGUAGCAAAUCGUAGCAAAAAAGCGCCAAACAGGGACAAGUUGUUGUUUUUUAUGCCAUUUUUAUUUGUGUUUUCGUUAUACUGCGUUUUAUCGGACACCGCACCGGCCUCGUGCUGUUGAACGAACUGCUCAUAUUGUUUCCGUACUACGUUCCAUUUCAGCAAUGUGUCCAUUCACUUUGCACCGCCAAUAACACAUGUCAAUAAAACAACAAAAAUACAACAGCUGGAUCAAAGAGCGUAAACCAAGGUUCGGUUUAAUAUAAAUUAAAUCACUCAAAGGUAACACACAGUUGAUCAAUCCUACCACCCAGCGAACGACCAAAGUGCGCACGGGUGACUCGAGCUAAUUACUGCGAAUUGGAAUGUAAGGGGUCCUUAUGGCCCAAGGAAAUAGCGGAAAGUCUACUCGAAAAACGAAGCAAAACUUUGAAGCGCUAGCGCGGGAGCAGAACCUUUCUGGAACCUUUGUGUACAUUAGAGACGUCAGCAGAUCUGCUGGGUGUAUCCGGUUUAGAAAUUUAGUACUCUAGUUCGUCAUUAUUAUACCUUUUUUUUUGUUUUAUUUACCUUAUUAUCACUAGCUUCCUAAUAGGCUUUGAUACAAGUAUGUGAGAAGUGCAUGGUCGUGUUUGUGUCCGAGUGGGGGUGCAUGAGAUAGGAUGUAAGAGUAGGCGUAGAUAAAUAUAUUAUAAAACCGUCAAGCCAACGAUAACUGCCUUCGUUUUCCCCCACUGUGCUCGUUUGGCCAAGAUGGACAAGUAGCAAAUGUCAUUAGCUAACAGGAAAAAAAAGUGUAUACUUGUGUAGCAUACAUCAAAUAAUUUGGAUCUGUUGUAAUCAUGUAUUAUUCCUCAACUGGAUAAUGGACCCGAUGAACCUGUUUUCACAAUAAAUCAUAACUUUAUAUGC